AUGAUUUUCAAUAAGAACCUUAAGUUGAAAAGCAACGGUAGAGUCAAGAAGUACAAGUCUUACCAAGUCAUGGAAGUUGUACUUGAAACAAAUAGUGGGAUAAUCAGACUUAUUGAUGUGUAUAGACCGCCUUACACCAAAAAGGCCAGGUACACCGAGUGCCACUUCUUGGAAGAAUUCAGUGAAUACCUGUGUGAUUUGUCCGGUAAGCCAGGAACCCCGGUGAUUGCAGGGGAUUUUAAUUUACAUGUUGAAAGACCUAAAGAUCUUUACCCCGCAAAGUUUCUUUCCCUUCUUGAUCAGCUUGGUUUCAUCCAAUGUGUACCACUAGAAAGAACUCACAAUCAAGGAGGAACUCUUGACCUCGUGAUAACGACCAAAGUCUUUAAAGGCUCUAUAACUUCUAUCAACAUUGUGGAAUCUGGGACUAGAUCAGAUCGUUUUCUUGUUAAAUUUGUAGUGUCUGUGAGCCUGAAGACCUCUUUGAAUGAUACUAGGGUGAUGAACUACCGUGAUUUUAAAAGUAUUGUGGUUGAGGAUUUUAAAGCAGAUAUUUUGGUUUCUGAUCUCUGUAAAAGAGAUGCUUGGUGCUCUGAGAGUCUUGAUGAGUCAGUUAAGAUGUACAAUAGUAUUCUAUUGAAACUUAUGGACAAGCAUUGUCCUGUGAUCAGUAAGGAGAUGAAGAGUGAAGACAAAGGUAAACCUUGGAUGGAUCAGGAUCUGAAAGCUUUACAGAGGCAGAGGAGAGCAGCUGAGAGAGCCUGGAGGAAAGGCAAGGGACAGAAGGAUAUUUUUGUCAACCUCAGGAACAAAUUUAUUGUCAUUGAGCGACAGAAGAGGAUUACUUACAAUAGAAAAGCCCUCUUAGCCUCUGCGGGAGAUACGAAGGCUCUGUACAAGAAAGUUUAUAGACUCACGGGUGAAACUACCCAAGAAAGGCCACAUGGUAAUGACACUAAAAAACUGGCAGAAAGUUUUAAAGUUUUCUUUGCGGAUAAAGUGAAUGAUAUCGGACUUGGGAUAGAAGAUGAAGGAAGUCAUAUCGGAGGGAACUUGUCAUCGUCAGAGAAUCUUGAAAGCACCUAUUCAGGGCCAUCAUUUGAUAAAUUUCACUCCAUCACUAGGCAGCACCUGUUACACACCAUUUCUAAGAUGUCUAACAAGUUUUGUAGCCUUGACCCUAUUCCAACUUUCAUGUUGAAGAAAUGCUCUCAGGAGUUGGCACCGAUCCUCCUGCACAUAAUAAACGGUUCUAUGUUGCAAGGUGUGUUUCCAGCCGAGAUGAAGACUGCACUGGUCAAGCCCACUAUCAAGAAGAAGAAUGCUGAUCCAAAUAUUCUGAAGAAUUACAGACCAGUCUCAAAUCUUGCAGUUAUGUCUAAACUGAUUGAAAAGAUUGUACUUGAGCAGUUAAACAAUCACUUACAUUUAAACAGCCUGCAUUGCCCAGUUCAGUCUGGAUACAGAGCGAACCACAGUUGUGAAACCCUGAUGGUCAGGAUGGCAGACGAUAUUCUUAAAGAAGUGCAGAAGAACAACAUUGUGAUUGUAGUCCUACUUGAUCUCUCUGCUGCUUUCGACACGAUUGAUCAUACAAUCCUUCUUAAGAAGCUGGCAAAAGAUUUUGGUAUUAAGGACUCUGCAUUGAAAUGGUUUAGUUCAUACCUCUCAGGCAGGUUUUUCAAGGUUAAGGUAGAUGACUCAUUAUCUGACUUCCUGUGUCUGUUGUUUGGGGUACCCCAGGGCUCUCUAUUGGGACCUAUCCUGUUCAUCUUAUACAUUAAGCUGCUCCAGGAAAUAGCUAGAAAGUAUGGUCUCGAUAUUCAGCUUUAUGCAGAUGACUCACAACUUUAUAUAGCUUUCCACCCGAUGAGACCCAUGGAGCUGCAGAAUGUCACUAGUAGGAUCAACGACUGUCUGUCUGAAAUCAAAGUAUGGAUGGUUAAUAAUUUCAUGAAACUGAAUGAGAGCAAGACAGAAUUGUUAGUCAUUGGAAAGCCUUUGGUACUGAAGAAGUUUGACCUUGAAAUAACAAUAAAGUUUGGUGACACCAUUAUUACACCAACUGUAUGUAAAAACGAUACCUGGAAGAGUCUUGGAGUGUUACUAGAUGAAUCUCUCAACAUGGAAAGGCAGAUUAACAACGUUAGGAAGAACUGUUGCUGGACAAUGAACAAUCUUAGAACUAUCAGAAAGUAUCUAGAUGAGAGAGUUAAGCUCAUGCUGGUCAAACAACUGUAG